CUCCACUUCCUGGUAUUCCACACGGAGGAGGUCCAUGAUGUCUUGCGUAUCUGGGACGGUCCUCAGGAUGGAGGGGUCCUCCUGAGGGAGCUCAGCGGCUCGGCCCUUCCCCCUGACGCCCACAGCACCUUCAACACUGUCAGCCUCCAGUUCACCACCGACUUCUUCACCUCCAAACAGGGCUUCGCUCUGCAGUUCUCUGGUAAGGAGGGGUAGAGUCGGUGUGUGUCAACGUGUAGUGGAGGGGGUGAGGUUUGUGGAGUGGUGUGUAUGUGUAUGUGGUGGGGAAGUGUUUGUAUCUGUUCAUCUUAAGAGGCUAUAUAAAUCCAUAUAGAAAGUAUCUGUCAUAUUUAGAGGCUAUAUAAAUCCAUAUAGAAAGUAUCUGUCAUAUUUAGAGGCUAUUUAAAUCCACAUAGAAAGUACAAGUGUCUGCUAAAUGACAUAGUAAUGGAUCCUAACCUGAGAUAGUUGUGGGUAACUUAGUGACUUGAUGUAAAUAAUGUAUACAUGUCAAUGGAAAAUUAAGAUAUAUUGAGUUUCUAUUCAGCCCUAAAUAUAUGUACUAUAGAGUUGAAAACAGCCAUUAUCUUCACUCCACUAACAUCCUUGUGUCUUCCUCUGUCUCCAGUGUCUACUGCUACGUCAUGUAACGACCCAGGUCUGCCCGCCAACGGGACUCGUAGUGGGGACAGCAGGGAGCCUGGAGACGAUGUGCUGUUCCAGUGUGAUCCCGGUUACGUCCUGCAGGGGGCCACCAAGAUCACCUGCACGGAGAUCAACAGCCGCUUCUUCUGGCAGCCUGACCCACCCACCUGCACAGGUAACUACACAGUCAUGUUACCAAACCAUAUAGCCACCUACACAGGUAACUAAAUACACAGUCAUGUUUCCUACCAAACCAUAUACCCACCUGCACAGGUAACUAAAUACACAGUCAUGUUUCCUACCAAACCAUAUACCCACCUACACAGGUAACUACACAGCUUUACAUUACCAACCCAGUCUGUACCAAUGGUACCUACCUACCAACUGAACCUGCUACAACAAGACCUGCUACAGUACUCCAGAUGAUGAUCAUACCAUGUAGUUUCUCUGCUACCUGCAACAGUACUCCAGAUGAUGAUCAUACCAUGUUGUUUCUCUGCUACCUGCUACAGUACUCCAGAUGAUGAUCAUACCAUGUAGUUUCUCUGCUACCUGCUACAGUACUCCAGAUGAUGAUCAUACCAUGUUGUUUCUCUGCUACCUGCUACAGUACUCCAGAUGAUGAUCAUACCAUGUUGUUUCUCUGCUACCUGACAGUACUCCAGAUGAUGAUCAUACCAUGUAGUUUCUCUGCUACCUGACAGUACUCCAGAUGAUGAUCAUACCAUGUAGUUUAUCUGCUACCUGCUACAGUACUCCAGAUGAUGAUCAUACCAUGUUGUUUCUCUGCUACCUGACAGUACUCCAGAUGAUGAUCAUACCAUGUAGUUUCUCUGCUACCUGACAGUACUCCAGAUGAUGAUCAUACCAUGUAGUUUCUCUGCUACCUGCUACAGUACUCCAGAUGAUGAUCAUACCAUGUAGUUUAUCUGCUACCUGACAUAGCCUUUCCUACAACCACCACUUGAUUGCAGUACUCGUCCUAUCUCCACAGCUUAGUAUGGUUCAGUACGUUAAUACCACUUCAAGACACAGCUACUCCUAUGUGGAAUCCUCCUCAGUGACAACAAACCCAAUUGACUCCUUGUCUUUCUGUCUGUCCCCUGGAUAUCAGUCUGCACUCUGCGCUAUUCAGCCCACAGAGAGGAUGGGUCCCCAAUGGCAUCCUGUUCCCUAUAUCGUUCACUACUUCUGACCAGAGCCGUAUGAUUCCAUGGUCUAAAGUAGUGCACUAUAUAGGGAACAGGGUGCCAUUAAGAUGGCCUCAGUAAUAGCAGACAAACAGCCUCUCAGACAUAAUGAAUGACUGCUAUUCAUUCUCUAUGAUAACAGAGGGCUCCAACUUUGGGCGAGAGAGAGAGAGAGAGAGAGAGAGAGAGAGAGAGAGAGAGAGAGAGAGAGAGAGAGAGAGAGAGAGAGAGUAAUUAACAACAGCAAUUAAGACAUUGUAAUUAGCUGCCUUGUUUAAUCAGGGCCAGGCUUAAUUAGUUUGAACGUUCCUUUGAAAACACAAACAGAGGGAUAGAGGUUGUGGGUGUUCCUGGAUCCAAGAGUUACAGGUGAAAACCUAACAGGGUUUAAUAUCCACAGGCAUUAGUCGUCUCAAUACUGUAAAACCACUUAGGUGUCCUUUAAUGACUUAGCCAAAUACAUUAUAUGGACACUGCAGUGUGGUGACCUAUUCAAAUACAUUAUACUGAAUGGACUCUGCAGUGACUUAGUCAAAUAUAGGGGUCUGUUUAGCUCGAUAGCAAACCACACACCCUCAGAAGCCAGAGCUAGCUAUGCUAAUAGAAUACAGCACAUGAAGCCAAUGGAUUGGGUCCUGCAGUCAUUUAGUCAGUUAUCCACAUAGGAGAACUUUGGUGACUUAGCCAACUUCAGAGCAUCUUUUUAGCUCAGCAGGAAAACCACAUGGCCACAGAAGUUAGUGACUGUUUGAUUUCAUCCAGCAGUCUGCUAUGCAGUAGAAGUAGAUCCUGGGGACGAGGAUAGGAAAAGUAUGAUUCAGCAGGUAGAAGGGUUUCUUCCAAUGGAGUGGCUUACUAGUUCCUCCAUCAUUGGAACUACUUUAUAAUGUGAUCUGGUUAUCUCUCUCCCUGUAUCAUCAUGUGUCCUCUCUCUCCCUGUAUCACCAUGUCUCCUCUCUCUCCCUGUAUCAUCAUGUUUCCUCUCUCUCCCUGUAUCAUCAUGUUUCCUCUCCUCUCUCUCCCUGUAUCAUCAUGUUUCCUCUCUCUCCCUGUAUCAUCAUGUUUCCUCUCCUCUCUCUCCCUGUAUCAUCAUGUCUCCUCUCUCUCCCUGUAUCACCAUGUCUCCUCUCUCUCCCUGUAUCAUCAUGUCUCCUCUCUCUCCCUGUAUCAUCAUGUCUCCUCUCUCUCCCUGUAUCACCAUGUCUCCUCUCUCUCCCUGUAUCACCAUGUCUCCUCUCUCUCCCUAUAUCAUGUCUCCUCUCUCUCCCUGUAUCAUCAUGUUUCCUCUCUCUCCCUUUAUCAUCAUGUUUCCUCUCCUCUCUCUCCCUGUAUCAUCAUGUCUCCUCUCUCUCCCUGUAUCACCAUGUCUCCUCUCUCUCCCUGUAUCAUCAUGUCUCCUCUCUCUCCCUAUAUCAUAAUGUCUCUUCUCUCUCCCUGUAUCAUAAUGUCUCCUCUCUCUCCCUGUAUCAUCAUGUCUCCUCUCUCUCCCUGUAUCAUCAUGUUUCCUCUCUCUCCCUGUAUCAUCAUGUCUCCUCUCUCUCCCUGUAUCACCAUGUCUCCUCUCUCUCCCUAUAUCAUGUCUCCUCUCUCUCCCUGUAUCAUCAUGUUUCCUCUCCUCUCUCUCCCUGUAUCAUCAUGUUCCUCUCCUCUCUCUCCCUGUAUCAUCAUGUUUCCUCUCUCUCCCUGUAUCAUCAUGUUUCCUCUCCUCUCUCUCCCUGUAUCAUCAUGUUUCCUCUCCUCUCUCUCCCUGUAUCAUCAUAUUUCCUCUCCUCUCUCUCCCUGUAUCAUCAUGUCUCCUCUCUCUCCCUGUAUCACCAUGUCUCCUCUCUCUCCCUGUAUCACCAUGUCUCCUCUCUCUCCCUGUAUCAUCAUGUCUCCUCUCUCUCCCUGUAUCAUCAUGUCUCCUCUCUCUCCCUGUAUCACCAUGUUUCCUCUCUCUCCCUGUAUCAUCAUGAGUCCUCUCUCUCCCUAUAUCAUAAUAUCUCCUCUCUCUCCCUGUAUCAUCAUGUCUCCUCUCUCUCCCUGUAUCAUAAUGUCUCCUCUCUCUCCCUGUAUCAUCAUGUCUCCUCUCUCUCCCUGUAUCAUCAUGUUUCCUCUCUCUCCCUGUAUCAUCAUCGCUCCUCUCUCUCCCUGUAUCAUCAUGUCUCCUCUCUCUCCCAUGUAUCAUCAUGUUUCCCUCUCUCUCCCUGUAUCAUCCAUCGCUCCUCUCUCUCCCUGUAUCACCAUGUCUCCUCUCUCUCCCUAUAUCAUGUCUCCUCUCUCUCCCUGUAUCAUCAUGUUUCCUCUCCUCUCUCUCCCUGUAUCAUCAUGUUCCCUCUCCUCUCUCUCCCUGUAUCAUCAUGUUUCCUCUCUCUCCACAUAUCAUCAUGUUUCCUCUCUCUCCCUGUAUCAUCAUGUUUCCUCUCCUCUCUCUCCCUGUAUCAUCAUGUCUCCUCUCCUCUCUCCCUGUAUCAUCAUGUUUCCUCUCCUCUCUCUCCCUGUAUCAUCAUGUCUCCUCUCAUCUCUCCCUGUAUCAUCAUGUUUCCUCUCCUCUCUCUCCCUGUAUCAUCAUGUUUCCUCUCCUCUCUCUCCCUAUAUCAUCAUGUUUCCUCUCCUCUCUCUCCCUCUAUCAUCAUGUCUCCUCUCUCUCCCUGUAUCAUCAUGUUUCCUCUCCUCUCUCUCCCUGUAUCAUCAUGUCUCCUCUCAUCUCUCCCUGUAUCAUCAUGUUUCCUCUCCUCUCUCUCCCUAUAUCAUCAUGUUUCCUCUCCUCUCUCUCCCUCUAUCAUCAUUUUUCCUCUCUCUCCCUGUAUCAUAGCUCCAUGUGGAGGGAACCUGACGGGCCCCACUGGGCUGAUCCUGUCCCCAGACUACCCCGAGCCGUAUCCUCACGGACGAGAGUGUGACUGGACUGUCUCUGUCACCCCUGACUACGUCAUCGCACUCAACUUCAACCAGUGAGUGUUACCCUGGGCACUAAUGGCAUACGCACAUAGGCUACACACCAUGCAUGGAUAUUGUCAAUGUUGACGUCAACUAAAUUCCAUUUUUCUGUCGCAGUCAACUUCAACCAUUGAGAAUGACACUGAUUACACACAUAGAGGCAAAUCCUAACUUCCAAUUAAAAUGUUCACUUUGUCAUGCAUUGAUGCCAAUGGGAGACUUUAAGUCGAAGUUUGGAUUCGCCUCCAUAGAAACCAUGCAAGGACAGUAUCAACAUUAUUGUAUGGUCAGUUCAUAGGUUCAAGAAUACUCCUUACCCACAUUAUUCCCUGGUCAGUUCAAAAACACGUUGCACUAUUCACAUCUAUGGUAGCUAGGUAUGAAAAACACAUGUUACACUAUUCAAAUUAUCAUGAUAUAUUUUCUAUUAUAAACUGGGUGGUUCGAGCACUGAAAUCGGAUUGGCUGACAGCUGUGGUAUAUCAGACCGUAUACCACUGGAAUGACAAAACGUUUCUUUUGUAUUGCUCUAAUUACGUUGGUAACCAGUUUAUAAUAACAAUAAGGGAGUUUGUGGUAUAAAUUGUUCCUAAGAACAUCCCAUAUUGGCCAUAUACCACAUGCCCUCGUGCCUUAUUGGCCAUAUACCACAUGCCCUCGUGCCUUAUUGGCCAUAUACCACAUGCGCUCGUGCCUUAUUGCUUAAAUGUAACCUACUCUCUCCAUCUCUGUGUUGUUCAGGUUCAGUCUGGAGCCCAGCUAUGACUUCCUCCAUAUCUAUGAUGGUCCUGACUCCCUCCACCCUCUGCUGGGGAGUUUCUACGGUACUGACGUCCCCGACCGCAUCGAGAGCAGCUCCAACACACUGUUCCUCGCCUUCCGCAGUGACGCAUCUCUCAGCAGCAACGGCUUCAUCCUGCAGUACACGGGUAGGUCGCCCCCUAGUGCCGGGAGGAGUGAAGUGCUUCUGUGUUUUUGGUCUUUUGUAGUAGUGGUUUUGUAGUACUGGAGAAUGAGAAGUGGGGGAAAGAGAGAGAUGGGUGGGGCGAGAGAGAGAGAGAGAGAGAGAGAGAGAGAGGUGGAUGAGGGAGAGAUGGGGGAGAAAGAGAGAGAGAAAAAGAGAGAGAGAGCGAGGUAGAUCAGAGAGAGAGAGAGUUGGGAGAGAGAGAGGUGGGUCAGAGAGAGAGAUAAAUAGAGAGAGAGAGAGAGUGUGUGUGUGUGUGUGCCAAAGCUCUGUUUGAUCAAUGUGUCUCUGUCGUCUGUCGCCACACUAAAGGCUUCUGAUAAAUUAGAGCAAACGGACGUUUGUUGUUAAACACUCCUUUGGCUCGGUGUGCUGACCGACCCCGCUUUGUGGUUUGUUUGGAGCGCCGUCUAAGCUUGUUUGAUCACAGGCGACAGUACAAUACGGUACAAACUGUUUGUACACGAUCACAGACAAUCACAACCGCCCCUGUGUGUGUGGGUGUAUGUGUUUCAGUUGGUCUGGUAACUGAUCUGUGUGUUGUGUUUGCGGUUGUGUCUCGGAGGGUUGGGAUCCUGUAGUGGUGAACAUCUGUCAUCAGGAAUAGAGGAUUCAACAUAUUUGGAAAUGAAAGGGGCAACAUCAGUUGGGACUUUUCUUUAAAGACCUGGGCUUAUAGCCUAGAGAACUCAAUAAGGGCUAUUGUGUUAGAGUAGGCAAAGCUAAAAGACAGGGAGUAUCCUGUAAACUCUGUUUGGGGUAAUCACAGUCAGCUUUGAAUGUAUUACUGAACUUCACUAAACACCUUUUGGUUGAAUAAGGUACAGAAUUUUGGGUAAUAUGAGUACUUAACAUUUUGGAAUGGUAGAUCGUAACAGGAAAGUAGACAUGAAAGGACAA